UGCACCUGCUGAGGACACUCAGCGACCGGAGCUGCCCUCGUUUCUCCGUCAACUGCGAUUAUCAGAGGACAGCGGAGCAGACAGACUGCUCAGUCUGCCACUACCCUGGCUGGGAUUUCUAUGCCCUGUUUCGACGAAGUAGCUAAGGCUUUUUAUAGCUUCAUCCCGUUGCGUCCUCAUCCCCCUGCAGAGAGCUAUCUUCACAUUCUGCACAUCAAACCCUCAACCGUGCGCCCGAGUCACAGGUGGUCGUCCUCUAAUCGAUUGUGAGUCCGCCAGUAAAAGUGGACCGGAACUAGCACCGUUGGGAUGUGGUUGAAAGUGAGAGUCACAUCAUUGGAUGUGCAGCUGAUAAAUCUGCAGCAACCAUGUUAUGCAGUCAUGUGGACCAAAAUCGCACCUUGUUGAAUCUAUGCGACGCAGAAUUAAGGCAGUUCAGAAGGCAUAAAGGGAAUCUAACCUGGAACUAAUAAUGAAGAACCAAAACCACAAGACAGGCAGAUAACAUGGCAACAUCCAUGACUGCUCAAAAUGGAUAUUAAACCAGACGUGCCAUUGGCUGUGGAGCCCUUGUCUCCUUUGGACCUCCGCACAGAUCUGAGGAUGCUGGGGCCAGGCUCGGACCCAGGACUGUGGGAGAGGCAGCUGCAGCAGGAGCUGCUCCUCAUUCAGAAACAGCAGCAAAUCCAGAAGCAGCUGCUAAUCAGCGAGUUCCAGAAGCAGCAUGAAAAGUUGACCCGUCAGCACCAGGCUCAGCUCCAGGAGCACCUCAAGCUUCAGCAGGAGCUCCAGGCCAUGAAACAACAGCAGGAACUUGCAGAGAAGGAGCGCCGUUUGGAGCAGCAGCAGCAGCAGCAGAGCCAGCAGGAGAAGGAGCAGGAGAAGCAUCGACGAGAACACCACAUUUCCAGCCUGAGCCUCAGGGGCAAGGAACGCUCCAGAGAGAGUCUCACAGGUGCAGUGGCUAGUACGGAAGUGAAGCAGAAACUCCAAGAGUUUCUGUUGAGCAAAUCAGCUAAAGACUCUUCUAGCAAUGGAGCUAAUCAUUCUUUCAUUCAGCACCCAAAACUCUGGUAUACGUCCUCUCACCACACAUCACUGGACCAAAGCUCUCCACCUCUGGGCGGCACAUCGCCCACUUGCCAGUAUACUCUGCCGUCGCCCGUAGAGAGCAAGGACGACUUCCCCUUGAGGAAGACAGCCUCCGAGCCCAACCUAAAGGUACGAUCCAGACUGAAGCAGAAGGUGGCGGAGAGGAGAAGCAGCCCCAUGCUAAAGAGGAGAGAUGGAAACAUCAUGACUCCUUACAAAAAGAGGGCUUUGGAGCUAAUGGAUUCUACGCCCACUAACAGUGCCCCUGGCUCUGGCCCCAGCUCUCCCAUAGGGGCUUCAAGUGCCUUGGGGGCUGAAAAUGGACCCUCCUCUCUGCCUACUACCACAAAAACGGAGAGAUGGCCUUCCCAGCCAAGACUGUUCCGACCAGAGGGCUCUGUCCCCAUGCUGAGCUUAUACACAUCUCCCUCUUUACCCAACAUCUCCUUGGGGCUUUCUACUGCAUCCUCGCCAAUUAGUGCUGCUAUGGGGUUGAAAGACAGAUCAACAGAAAUCAAGCACGGGCUGCCUGGGCACCUGCUGGGCCCUGUGCCCCUUCAGACAGGCCUGGAGUCUAAGGUGAGCCCCAGCCACCAGGCUCUCCUCCAACACCUCCUCCAGAAGGAGCAAAUGAGGCAGCAGAAGAUACUCUCCUCUGGCCAAGGCUCCAUGUCAUCACACUCUCAGUCCCCCCUGGCCAUGAAGGAUCGUCCCUCCAGCACUCGGCCAAAACUACCAAAACACCGGCCCUUGAACAGAACCCAGUCAGCACCGCUGCCUCAGAACACACUGGCUCAACUUGUCAUCCAGCAGCAACACCAGCACUUCCUGGAGAAACAGAAACAAUACCAGCAGCAGGUCCAUAUAAAUAAGCUGUUGUCCAAGUCCAUUGAGCAGUUACGUCAGCCCAGCGCACACCUGCAGGAAUCGGAGGAAGAGCAGGAGGAGCAGCACAGAGAGGAAGUAGAGGGCAUGCAGGAGGACAGGCUGCCCCCUGGAGGUGUUAUCCGGAAGCAUACGCUCAGCAGUAGCAGCAGCGGCUCGAGCAGCGAGCUCCCAGACACUCACUACGGGGUCAUCAAGGUCAAAGAGGAGCCAGCUGAUAGUGAGGAUGAGGCUCUGACCAAUCAGAGCUUAGAGUCAGAGCAGAGCACCUAUCUCCACCAGGUCAAAGGGAGACUGGUGAUAAGAGCCAUGAUCUGAGAGGGGAAGAGGAUGAGAUCACACACUUGCAACAUUCGCAAAUAAAGAAGUCUUUAAAAAGAUGCACAUCUGCAGACAACACAUGCACACAUACAUACGCACACACACGCACGUGCACACAGCAGCUAUUGCACAGUAGGCCAGCUCUCCUUGUCAUGACAUAUGACCCCUUUUCACUCAGCUGCAGCCUCACUCGUCCUACACUCUUAAAACUCUCCAUUUGUGAUUUUUUUGUGCAGUGAUCUCUGUAAGAUAUGUACGUUUCACUUGUGUAAAUAUGAAAAAAAAAAAAAAAUUUAGACCGUUGUUUUUAAGAGCUGCUUUGGUCUUUUUGAGUCUGCUCAGCCGGCAAAACGUUGUGUGUACAUAUCCUGUGGAUUCGGCAUCAAAAUGAUUUCUAGAGGGAAGUUUGAGCAGGUGUACAGCUUUAAAGAGCCACCUUUUGUUCCCAUUGUGUAUUUUUUUGUUGUUUUUCUUUUGUUGUUUUUUGGAUAAAAUAUUUGAAUUCUCUGCUAUCCACUCCAUCAUCGUGUAAGUCAGUAAGUCCUCACAGUACAUACCGCAUUGUUCUCGAAAAUCUGUGAUGAUGUUCCAUGUUAAAUGGUCUCAGACCUGAAAUAAUAAACAUCUGUCUUAGAAAGAAUGUACACUUAAAUCCUAAGGAGGACGCUCCCUUGGGUUGGCUUUUGUGCUGGGAGUGAUAUUGCCACUGCUCACAUUGCAAUUUGAAGGAUAAAGCACUGUAGCCCUUAUUGGGUGUGCAGACACAUCCCGAGUCUCCAUGUCUCUUACUCUCUUAGCAGUACCAGAGCUGGGGUUCUGUGUUAAGCUGAGCUCUCCUCCCUCCGUCUCUCCUCUGGGUCCAAAUCAAAGCUCGGCCCAGUUCCUGCCCAGCUUUCAGCAGAGGAGUCAGACAGAGAGAACGAGAGAGAGAGGGCCGGGCAGGAAAUGCCUUCUAGAAGCCAGGAGUUGGAGUGAUUCAUGUGUGCAGGAAUGUUGAGAGAGGAGGACCUAGGGUUGGAGGAGUCCAAGGGGCCAGGCUUAAGAAUUGAUUUACUGUCAAAGCGAAUUACAAAGUGAGUGGGGAUAUGGUUAAGGGAGUCCUUUUUAAAGGGAAUCGCUUCCUCUGUAUUCCCCUGUGGCAUGCUUACCUCAACAUGCAGGUUUGAUGUUACUUCAAUAAAAAAAAAAUUCAAU